GGAGGAGCUCAUUCAGUUUCUGGCUACUAUAGCAAUGAGGGAAGAUUUGUAAAGUUGGUAUACGGGCUGUGCAGUUUAGGAGAACUACGAUCAAACUAAUUGUAUCUGCAAUCGAGAAACGCAUUAAUAGGUCCUAGAUGGGUUUUAAUUGUGUCUUGGAUAUUUGUGGUAUAGAAAGCGAGAAUCUACACCGGAGUUGAGAAAUUCAACAAAGCAGCAACGAACCGAGAAUACCACGGACCGAUCGAUAGUCAAAGAUGUCUGUGAGUAACCAUGAGAACCGGAAGUCGAGGUCGAGCUCGGGCUCGAUGAAUAUCCAUCUCUACCACAAGACCUCCCAUGCUGACAGCCUCCUUACACAGCUCAACCUCCUUCGUAAGCGGCGGGUCUUCACAGACGUCAUUCUGCAGGCAGGAAACCGUGCCUUUCCCUGCCAUCGGGCCGUGCUGGCGGCAUGCAGCCGUUACUUCGAGGCCAUGUUCAGCGGCGGUCUGAAAGAGAGCCGGGACGCCGAGGUGAACUUCCAUGACUCCCUGCACCCCGAGGUGCUGGAGCUCCUGCUGGACUACGCCUACUCCGCCCGGGUCCUUAUCAACGAGGAGAACGCUGAAUCGCUGCUCGAGGCGAGCGACAUGUUACAGUUCCAUGACAUCCGAGACGCGUCCGCCGAGUUCCUGGAGAAGAACCUCCACCCCUCCAACUGCCUGGGGAUGAUGUUGCUCUCAGAUGCCCACCAGUGUCAGAGACUCUACGAGCUCUCCUGGAGGAUGUGCCUCGCCAACUUCGCCACUCUCUACAGGACAGAAGACUUCCUGAACCUACCCAAAGACAAGAUCCAGGAGCUGAUAUUCAGUGAGGAGCUGGAGGUGGAGGAUGAGAGUUUGGUGUAUGAGGCUGUCAUUGACUGGGUGAAAGCUGACAUAGAGAGGAGGCAUAGUGACCUGCCAGAGCUGUUACGCUGUGUGAGGCUGGCCUUGCUCCCAGAAACCUACCUGCUGAAAAAUGUUGCGUCAGAGGAGCUGGUCAUGGGACACAAGGUGGGCAGGGAGAUCGUAGAAGAUGCUGUUCGCUGCAAGAUGAAGAUCCUCCAGAACGACGGGGUGGUCACCGGUUUUUGUGCCCGACCACGGAAGGUGAGCCAGGCACUGCUCCUCUUGGGAGGCCAGACAUUCAUGUGCGACAAGAUCUACAUGAUCGACAACAAGACCAAGGAAAUCACCCCCAAAACAGACAUCCCAAGCCCUCGGAAGGAGUGCAGCGCAUGUGCCAUUGGCUGCAAGGUGUAUGUGACAGGUGGGAGGGGGUCUGAAAAUGGAGCGUCAAAGGAUGUGUGGGUCUAUGACACGCUCCAUGAUGAGUGGUCCAAAGCUGCUCCCAUGAUGGUUGCCAGGUUUGGACACGGCUCAGCAGAACUCAACCACAAUUUGUAUGUAGUUGGGGGACACACGUCUUUAGCUGGGUCCUUUCCAGCAUCCCCAUCAGUGUCCCUGAAACAAGUGGAGCAGUACGACCCACAGGCUAACAAAUGGACGCUGGUGGCUCCUCUUCGUGAGGGGGUUAGUAACGCGGCUGUGGUCGGUGCCAAGAACAAACUCUUUGCCUUUGGGGGCACCAGUGUCAACAGAGAGAAAUAUCCCAAGGUGCAGUGCUUUGACCCCUGCGAGAACCGCUGGACUGUGCCGGCGAUGUGCCCGCAGCUGUGGCGUUACACGGCUGCUGCUGUGGUUGGCAACCAUGUGGUGGUGAUCGGUGGAGAUACCGAGUUCUCUGCCAGCUCAGCCUACCGUUUCAACAGUGAGACUUACCAGUGGUCCAAGUUUGGGGACGUGACUGCAAAGAGGAUCAGCUGUCAUGCCGUGGCCUCAGGAAAUCGGCUCUAUGUGGUCGGAGGAUACUUUGGGGCACAGAGGUGUAAGACCCUGGACUGUUACGACCCUUCCACGGACACAUGGGACAGCAUCACCAGUGUGCCAUACUCCCUCAUACCCACAGCCUUCGUCAGCACCUGGAAGUACCUCUCAGCAUAACGCAGAGGAUCCUUGUAACUGAUCGUCGGUCAUGGUUGGAAUGCCGGUGUGUGUCUCCCCUCGCCGACUGGAAUGUUGAGGGGAUUGCAGAGGGUGGUGUAAGGGGGGGUAAAAAAAAUCCUCCUCGGCAGUCGGAAUCACGUGGGCUUUACACCAGAUCAGUGGAGUGAUGAACCGAGACUAAUGACAGAGCCAUGGCAAGCGGAAAGCCCCCAAAGACGCCUCCUUAAGAAGUUUCCCACUGACGGCUCCCCCUGUCUCUGAGUGGAACACUGCCUUGGGCACCUAACUGUGACUGUGGACACGGCAGAGAGUGGGCAUGGCCACGUGCCCCACUCCUCCCCUAGCCAAAUGUGGUGGCACCUGUGCUGGUAUGAAAGCAGACUGGUUCGACCAGACCAGCGGAGUGUGCAGGGAACGACCGCUGACUCCUAAGACGGACAUGCUUCUCUUAAGACUCUUUAUUUUAAUCCUAUCAUAAUAAAACCUUCAUUUGGAGGGUGUUUGGAUUCUGUGCAUGGAUAAGUCUGUGGGAUUUUAAGGCUUGUGGUUGAAAUGCCUUAAAUAUCAGAAUUCAGUAAUCCCCUCCCUGAGGAGAAAAUGCUAUGUGCAGAAUGUGGCCAAGGCUUUUAAUGGCUUAAAAAUUCUUAAAAGUCUUUUAAAAAGUUUUAUGUCUGACUGUUUGGGGUCUCAGGAUUCCAAUUUUGUUCAUUUGUUCUGUGUAAAUGUGUGUAUGUGUAUGUACAUCUGUGUAUAUAAGUAGGCCUUUGUAGAUAUUUUUUUUCCAUGUUAAUGAAAAGGCUUGUAUAGAUUGUUAAUGUGUUGCCUAACUGGUUGCUGUGAAUGUAUUCUUACCAAGGACAUAAGGACCCAUCUGUCACCUUUCCACUAUACUUUUACACUAAGCCAACUCAGAACUAUGAGGACCUUUGACAAGCACCAGUGCUGUGCUGUGCUGUGCUGUGCUGUGGGUAGCCACAAGUCAGUUACACCUCACAGCUUUUCUGUGAUUUUAACUUUAUUUAGGCAACAUUAUAUGAAGAGUGGAUAUCGUUACCCUUUUUUCCACUGUUACCUGCAUGAUUGAGAUGUGUUUACAUAAAUCCAUGACUAUGGUUGGGAAACAGUGACUUAUCAAGGUAUGGGCCUGUUCAUUCCACGUGUUCCUGAGAACAUGCAUGGGAACAUGACCCCUGGGCACACACCAGUACAGUACAGUACGGUCUGGCUCCGCCACAGAGUGUCAGUGGAAGAGGGACUGAUAUAGAAGGGGGUCCUUAGGUAACCCACCUAAAUGCCAAAACCAUCAUGUCUGUUAGGUGAAACUGGAUAUAGUUCAAAUAUGCUCAAGUGUUUCCUUCAGUCUAGCAUCUCUUUCACAGAUGCACCUCCUGUUUCCUGUAAAUCUUUUCUGUAUGUGAUACAGCUUUUAGCACCUUAUUUUGAGUUGUAAACUGAACAUGUCUUAAAUUAUCACUGUUGUGUCUUUUGUUCUCUCUGAGCCAUGUGAUGAACAGUCUGUUAACUCCUUUAUUUUCUACUUACUUUAAUGUAGCUCAACUGGAAUUAGAAAAUACAUUUGCUUUAUAUUUGAAAUGUUUCUCCACUUUAUUUUCUCACAUAAUUCAAUAAAACAUCUGAAAAAGC